CGAAAUCUGAGAUUGAUGCGCAUGUAGUGAGGAUGAGAGCUGAUGAUGGCACGCCCCCAUGCUACACGCACACGCACACGCACACACACAGACAGUGUAUUUGGCCACAGCUUUAGUGCUGAACAAGAGUCAGGGACGAAGCCGUCUGCAGGCGACAAAUACGGGAUUCACAAACGAUUGUUUUGUCAUAGAUUUUUCAGAAAUGUGUCUGUACUGAAAAUGAUCAUGUUCAGUUUCCCGUCGGACAAGAAACGAAGACAAACUGCCAGCGGAGUCUAAAAAAACAUCUUCAUCCGUCCUCUGGAUCUCAAACUUGGCAAGAAACCGUUUUCAGUUGUUCAGAUUUUCCUGGUGCAACUGUGUGUCUCUGACUGGGACCUGGUGUGUGUCAGGGGGCUAUGUUGAGGCGAUGUGCACAGGCUGGUGUGAGGAGAGAUGUGCCAGCGUCAGUGGAGGAGGAUGGGAAGGUAAAGGAGUGGAUCUUCAUUUAUGGCUGUGGGCGUCACUCUUGUUCUCAACUCUGUGGGGCCAAGUGUACCCCCAGUGCCCAGACAGCUGCCACUGCGCCUGGGACACAGCCACAGUGCUGUGCUCAGAUGCUGGCCUACGGGAGAUCCCAGAGGGGAUCCCACCAGAAACUGUUUCUCUCCACCUGGAACGCAACUACAUUCGGAACAUCCCCGAGAGUGCUUUCAGCAACCUAGUUCACCUGCAGGACCUCUAUCUGUCCCACAACCGCAUCGACUCACUUGCCUCAGGGGCCCUGCGGCAUCUGGGCCCCGAGUUGCGCCUGCUGGACCUCUCAUAUAACCAGCUGAGGCAGGUCAGCAGGGAGGAGUUUGGCUCCACUCAGGCAAAGACACGCCUCUACCACAACCCCUGGCACUGUGACUGCACCCUCCAGGAGCUGGUGGAGACUGUGAACCUGGAGCCAGAAACGGUGAAUGGGAUUGUUUGUGAGAGCUCUGUGCGAGCAGUGGGCGAGGGGAGCAGGUGGGAGGACCCGGGGUCAAUGGGUGAACAUGCAGGUCAGCCAUUGGUCAAACUGUUGGAUUCUGGGGUGAAUUUCUGUAGUCUGCAGAGGAAGACCACCGAUGUGGCCAUGCUAGUGACCAUGUUUGUGUGGUUUUUUAUGGUCAUUGUGUAUGUUGUGUACUAUGUUAGACAGAACCAAGCCGAGGCCCGCAGGCAUUUGGAGUACCUGAAGAGUUUACCCAGCCCACGCAAGACCCUCACAGAGACAGAUACUCUUAGCACUGGUUUCUGAAAUCGUGCUCUGCUUGAAUAACCAAAUGCCAUUUUUAUGGAGAACUAGUAUCAAAAUGCUUCAUGGGAUUACUGUUAGCUGACUGUGGAAGCAGAUAAUGGGGGAAUAAAUCAUAUACAGCUGUGUUUUAUAAUUGCAAUGCUUUAUUUUAUUACUAGUGAAACCGCCUGUUUUAAUUGAUAUUUUCCCCACCAGGUUCUUCUCAAUUUAAGGAAAAUUAAGAAAUGAAUGUUUCUGUACUCAUUUUACCAAGUGCACUGAGCUGCAAGAAAGCCAAAAGUUAUAGCACAACAAAGAUGAAAGGAUAGAAUAAGAAAAAAGGAAAGACAUUCUUUGAACUUUAUAACCUUCAAACCUCACUUUAUAGUCCCUCUUUCCUUCUCUAUUCAUCUUCCUCCAUGCCUCAUACUGUAUUCUUUAUCUGUCAUUAAGCUCUAAUUAGGAGUUUUUCAUCAACUGACCUUUAAUGAAAGGCCCUAAUCAGCUGGAGCGUUUUUAUCAAGUCAGUGUGCAAACUCAAAAUAUGCGUCUUCAUCUAAUUGCUUUUGCAUUUGUGCAUGUACAUGCGUAUGUGUAGUGUUUUUGUGUAUUUGUUACAGCAGCUUUGACUUUGCUAGCAUUGAUUUUGCGUGGAUAAUAUUUAGGCCUUAUCCAACACAUGAUCACUAAGCCAUUUGUUUCGGUCGGUGCCAGAGGAGAACUGCUGAGCUAAAUUUGCUCUCAGGAAGCCAUUUGUGCUGGAGGUGAAUAGUUUUGUCUCCAAGCUGCUGCUCUGGAGUAUUUGGACAGCUUAUUGUGCAUGCUGUUGUCAUUGUUUGGUGUAGAGACAUUUCAACCAGAUUUAGAAAUGAAUCAUUGUAAAUUAGAUUAGUAUAGCCAGUUAUGAUGAGAGAAGCUGUUUAGUUAUAAUUAAUUUCUUGAAGCCUGUUUUUUCAUUCCUCUCUGCACUGAUUGCUGUGUACAAAUUGUUCCACUUCUCAUUUUCCAUAUAGCUGAGACUAUAAGGAACAGUCUCUGAUAAUAAAAGAAACAUUUUGUCAGUUAACCCAUUUCUGAUAUAUAGGGUAUACUCUAGGUGAAUACCCAACUCAGUGUUAGCUCAGUCUAAUUGGACCAAAACUUGACUUGAUUAAUAUUAUACUUUUUAAAAUUCCACUUUAGUAAUCAUAUUUAGUGUGCCGUAUCUAGUGCAGAGCAUUAUUCUCUGUGGGCAGGAUGUAUUGUGUGGUCAGUGUAUCAAUGUUCACAGUUAUAAAUAGAAACUAUAAAAGAUUAGUCAUAAACGUUUAAUUUGUGAUUAGAACAGUGGUCCCAAAUCUUGGGGGACUCGCACAUGGGGUCACAAAUUCACAGUGAGGGGUCACAAAAUUACUAACGGCAUACAAAAGCUGAAAGUACACAAAAUGACGUUCAUUUUUAAAAACUUUUUUCUAAUGAUUUUCUACUGGAUAAUGUUAGGUGCUUAUUGAAACAAAAUGAGGAUGUUCAUAUUCCCUCCAAAUUAACUGUCAUAACCCUCUGGUCCCUUAAUAUUUCCUCUGGCAACAUCAUGUCAAGUUUUUAUUUGUCCAAUUCCUUUAAAACAAAAUGGCUGUGAAAUAAUGACAUUGUUCUCAGCAGCCUCAGCUGUGCUUUGUGUCUUGUGCUAAUUAACAAAUGUCAGUGUGCUAAUCUGCUAAACUAAGUUGGUUAACAGUUAAACAUUAUAACAUUAAAUGUUAAACAUUAUACCUGCUAAACAUUGUCAUAAAAGCAUUAUCACUGUGAGCAUGUUAGUAUGCUGACUUUAGCAUUUAGCUCAAAGAACUGCUGUGCAGCAAGCAUUGAUGAAGUCUCUUCAUGUCUGAUUAACGUGUACAGUUGUAAAUUUCAUGGUUAUAAUAUACUAUAGUAUAACAGUGCCCAUAGCUCACAAUUGGGUUGGUGAGUGGAAGGACAACCUAAAAUAGGUCAGUUUUCUGUGUACUGUGAUGUGCUAAGUGUGGUGUGUGUCCCUUGUACUGUAAUCUACUUAGAAGGAAAGAUUCAAGCCGUUGUUGUUCAGGGUAAAGACAUACUGUGAAUUUGAGCUAGAGCCAGUUAAGCUAUGAGUAGAACAAUACUGAUUUGUUAUGAUAAAUGUAAAACCUGAUCUUUCAUGGUCACAAGUUAAAAGAUUAGGAUAAAAGGUGAAUAUUUGUUAUGUGUGACAUUAAAAACAAAACUGUGUGGAUGAACCAAUGAAGCAUUAUUAAUGUAAUUUUACAUUCUCUGAAUGUUUCUUGAAUGUUAGCUGUCUGUAAGAAAUCUUACAUUUGAUGUAGAUGAUACCAGACUCCAGUUUCCCUACCAUUAAUAUAAUCUUUUACUUCUUUGAUUCAUUAUGUCACAAUAAUAAUGAUAACACAAACACAAAGCCAAGCAUGUCCUCUGUGUUUAAUUCUUUCCGUAGGGUUUUUUUUUUUUUUUUUUUUUUUUUUGUGAUGUAUUUCUGUUUGGUGAUUUGUUUUUGCUCCUGUUUGUCUGCCAAUUCCAGGAUAAAGUCAGAUUGGAAACAAUACAUUAAAAUAAUA